AUGGAUGUUCCCUUGAUCACUAUCUCUCCUUCCGCACCCCACACGCAUACGGUUGUGUUCUUACAUGGACGCGGAGACACUGCCAAAAACUUUGCUUCAUCUCUGCAAUACUCAACAGACUCACACAACCGCACGCUACCGGAAAUAUUCCCUUCCUUUCGCUGGGUAUUCCCACAGGCAGAGAUACGGCAGUGUGUGGCCUUCCCUGGCGACAAAAUCUCGCAGUGGUUCGAUAUCUGGAACGUGAGCAACUUCUCCGACCAUGAGGAGCUACAAGCUACUGGUCUAAAAGAAAGCGUAACCAAUAUAAGACGCAUCCUUCCAAGUGAGGCUACCGUCUUAGGCGGUCAAUGGGACCAUCUCGUGCUUGCUGGCAUCAGCCAAGGCGCUGCGACUAGCGUGCAUACGUUACUGAAUUUGAGUCUGCCGCCGCUGGUAGACGGUCAGCAGGUGUCACGUAGGCUGGGCGCCUUCCUUGGUUUUUCGUGCAGGAUGCCAUUCCCUGGGAGAUCGCUCGUCGAGACGAGGAAAGUGCUUGCCUUGGAGGGCGUCACGGCUGAUGAUGAGGUUAUACGCAACACCCCUGUGUUGCUUGAACAUUGCAUCGAUGACCCCCUUGUUCUGGUGGGAAACGGCCGCGUCUUACGAGACACGCUGCGGGGAUUUGGCGCGCAAGUAAUGUGGAAGGAAUAUCCCAACGGAGGACACUGGUUUAACUCGCCGGUGGGAAUAGAUGAUGCUGCGGAGUUUCUGAACAACUAUGUUAUUAAGAAAGUAGGUGCUGGGACAAGUCUACCAAGCGAGACCCACGCAUUGCCCGAAUCGAUGGACUUAUCCUAG